AUGGCGCAGUACGGGUAUGUUUCUCUCUCCCAUGGAGCCGACGGGACACACGACGACGAGUACGACCUCUCCGAACGCGGAUUACUGACAAACCCGGGUAGAUACGGUGGUCGCCAGAACCCCUUUGACCAGCGGGAUGAUGGCCCGGGAGGAGGAGGCUAUGGAGGCCCUCCCCAGCAGAGCUUCGGCUCCGGUCCUUCUCCCUACGGCGGCAACAGAUACAACAAUCAGGGACCAACUAUGGGUAGGGACCAAUACGGAGCCAACGUCGAGAUGGAAUCCCUCGCCCAGAACGCGAGCGGCUUCGGCCAGUCGGACCCCAACGCCAUCCUCAACGAGUGCCGCUCCAUCGACCAGGGCAUCGACCAGAUCGAGGCCAACCUGAACCAGCUGCGCAUGCUGCAGGAGCGCACCCUCACCGACGCCGACACGUCGGCGAGCUCGUCGACCGCCCGCCAGCUCGACGCCCUCUCCUCCGAGACCAUGACCAUGUACCGCUCGCUCACCGAUCGCGUCCGCACAGUCAAGUCCAGCCCCGACGGCCAAUCGCCCAGGAACUCGCCGCAGGUCGGCCGCGUCGAUCGCCGUCUCAAGGGCGCCAUCCAGCAGUACCAGCAGGUCGAGUCCGCCUUCCGCAAGCGCACCCAGGACCAGAUGGCCCGCCAGUACAGGAUCGUCCGCCCCGACGCCGACGAGCGCGAGGUCCGCGAGGCCGUCGAGGACGCCGGCGCCGGCGCCCAGAUCUUCCAGCAGGCCGUCAUGCAGAGCGGCCGCCAGGCCCAGGCCAACGCCGUCCUCAACGCCGUCCAGGACCGCCAGGCCGCCCUGCAGAAGAUUGAGCAGCAGAUGGUCGAGCUCGCCCAGCUGUUCCAGGACAUGGACGUGCUCGUCGUCCAGCAGGAGGCCGCCGUCACCCAGAUCGAGCAAAAGGGCGAGGAGGUCGUCGAGAACCUCGACAAGGGCAACCAGGAGAUUGGCGUCGCCAUCCUCAAGACGUCGAGCCGAAUCGCGCGCCGCAUCGUCCAGCCGGGAGUGGGCUGGGAGCCCAACGCCAACGCACAAGAAGCCACCGUCGCCGCCCGCUUCGGCCGCAAGGUCGAUAUGCCCGCCGUUCGAAACUAA